GCGGAGUUUUUCUGCUCCAAGUUGAGACUUGUGUCUCUGCAGAGGAGCAGAGCGUUUUGAGCGACAGAGUGGGCCAGAACAAGGUAAAACAGAACAAGGUGAUCUGAGCUGGGGGUCUGGAGCCUGGCGCCAUGGCUCGGUACCUGGGCUACUUCACCGCUGUGGGCGACGUCCAGCCAGUCCGCCUGGAGGAGGAGGAGCUGCACGUGACCAGCGAGGAGCUGAGUCCCGCCACGGGGCAGUUCCCACCCACGACGACCUUCAGGGAGUCCCUGCAAAGGCUCUACGGCUCCGAGCGCUUCCAGGUGUUGGUGGUGUGUUUGGUCAUCCUGGACGCCAUCUUUGUUCUGGCCGAGCUGCUCAUCGAUCUGUCUGUUAUCAAGCUGGAACAUGGCCACCUUGCUCCGGAGGUGUUCCACUACCUGAGCCUGGCCGUUCUCACGUUCUUCAUAGUGGAGCUGCUCGGUAAGCUGUUUGCCUACCGCCUGGAGUUCUUUCAACACAAGUUUGAGGUGUUUGACGGUUUGGUGGUGGUGCUUUCCUUCGUGUUGGACAUUGUGUUCAUCUUCCAUGAAGACGAGUUUGUUGGGACGGGCCUGCUCAUCCUGCUGCGACUCUGGAGGGUGGCCCGAAUCAUCAACGGUAUCCUGGUGUCGGUGAAGAACCGUGCAGACCACAAGCUCCACAAGCUGAAGGAGAGCUAUGACCACCUGGUUCAGAGAGUCACGCAGCUGCAGGAGCGCUGCGACAAACUGGAACAGGAGAACCAGAGACUGGAAGCCCUCCUGAAGAAGCACGCCAUAGACUCCUAACUCCUGGAGCCCGCUGCUGUGGAGCUACUCUUCAAUCUCAUUUAUAUCACGUACCUUUGUGCACUCUUUCAACCUAUACAUUCCAUGAUGAACUUUACUUUUAGACCUGAUUUCAAUAUUCCUUAACCGUUACUACAUUACCUGAAGAGAAAUAUAUAUUUUUUACUAUCUGCAUCAGUAGAUCCAUAUCCAUGUCAAAGGUUAUGUCGAAUGAAUGUCAGAUGCUAUCACUCCAUAAAGCCACGAUGGCCUCAAUUUCUACGUAACUAACAUUCCUCACACUGAUGACUUAUACAUAAAACUAAAUGUGCAUCUGCUUAGUGACAUUUCAAAAAGAAUUGUAUGUUGUGUAAAAAAA